AUGGGCGACAACAAUUCUACUGGCUUGAACGGUUCGCUUCUGGAUCAAGUCAGCCCACUAUUCAUAGCAACGAACUUCAAUAACUACGCCGAGUUUGCCAUCACGGCACAUGGCGGCUCUGAGCCAAAUAGCUGGUUGUCCCUCGAGAUGAUCCACAACUACAUACACAAUUUGGUUGGAGGCGUAGGAUGGCCCUUGGACCCCUCUCAAGCAACCGGUAGUGGUGAAGCACAAUGUUCCCAUGGCCAUAUGGUUGAUCUUGGCACCGCUGCCUUUGACCCCAUUUCUGGCUGCAUCACUGCAACGUUGAUCGAUAACCUCUAUCCAUGCCAUACUGAUAGCAAAUUCACGAACUACGCCUCUGACAUGGUCCAAGAUUGGACGACACUUGAAUAUACCUACCCUAAUCUCGCGCCUGAAACGGACUCUAACGCUGGCACAGCCUCUCCCGAGCUUAUUAAGAAGCGCCUCACGGGAAAAUAUAGAAUCAUUCGAAAAGUGCUUACCAAAGUUGGCUCCGAACAGAACAUUGAGGGCCUUGACAAUAACUACGUAAUCAACAUCAGCUACAAUAGAUUCGCCUUGAACGGAAGUAGUUACACCAUUCAUUUCUUCUUUGGCAAAGAAGGUGACAUACCCAAUUCUCCAACGGAUCACAAGCUAAGCCCUGAUCAUGUGGGCAGCAUCCAUACAUUCUCUGCCAACUACUGGACUCGCGGCAAUAAGAACGGCAUCAAGUGUGGCAACUGCCAGAAGCAACAAAAAACUCACCAGCUGUCGAAGGGUCAGGUCUCGGUCACACUUCAGCUCAAGGAUGAGACACGGGGCUGUUAA